CACACACACACAUACAUACACACACGCGCACACACAUUCAAACAUCAUGUCGGGAGGUAGCACUAUGGAUAACUUUGUCAACGUCAACAUUGCCAAGUUGACGUCGUUCCGUGGCGUCAAGGUUGAUGGCACCGGGCCGUCUAUCCGUGUCCCGGGCAUCGGCGACAUCUCGGCUGAUGCGCUCGAGGAGGCUGGCAUCAUGACUCCGCUGCAGCUGCUGGGCCAGUAUCUGGCGCUGGCAGACGAGGACGCGUUUGUGCAGUGGGCCACCGAGCUGGGCUGCAUCGAGUGGCGGCUCCGCGACCCGACCAAGGGCACCGUCGUCGCACUUCGCCAGAUCUGCGAGAAGCUGUUCUCCUGAGCGAGCAUCAGCUACUUGGCACAUGUAAACUCAUCCAUUCAUCCC